GACCAUUGGCUUCAGUGCGUUACAUAUAGAGACCGGUACUGUGCUGGAGUUUGACGUGGCACUCUGCUUUCACUAUAAAGAUUUCAUAAAGAAGAGGAUACGGCAAAUAUUUUCAAAAAAACAGCUUUGUUGAAUCUCUGCCACCCUGGAAUGAGAAGACCUUAACCACACACCCAGAAAAUGAGUCAGCAGGGAUAUGUUGCCACUCCACCCUACUCCCAGGCCCAGUCUGGGAUGGGGGGCUACCCGGCCGGGUUCGGGAGCGCGCCUUCCCAGCCCCUCUACGGACACUAUGGGGGACAACCUCAGUCAUUCCCCGUCCCACCCACAGGUAUGAUGAAGCCAGCUCCGCCCCCCACUGGGCUGCCUUCACCACCGGCCUCCAGUCAUUACAUCUCAAAUGGCCAGCAGAACGAGGCCCACCCUCCAAGGUACGCUGCCCCCCCCGCCGCCGCUGCCUCUCCAUACGGACAACCCCCCCAGUCCCCCUACCACAGCAUGAGCCCCCAGGCCCCGCCCCAAGCCCAGCAGGUCACCAAUCAGAUGGGUGCCAUGAACCUUGGAUAUGGUCCACCGCCCGCUCCGAUCUCCCAGGCGCUCCCCACCUCCCACCUGGCCCAGCAGCCAUUCCACUCUGCCCCUCCACCAGCCAUGGGACACCCGCCUCUGGGCUCCCCAUGUACAGGUCCCCAAUCGCAUCGGAUGCCGUCCCCCCAGUCGCCCCCAGCAGGUCAACCUAUGGGUGGCCCCCCAUCCAUGGGAGGCAUGGGGAGGCCCUACCCUGGCCCACCACCGCCAGGUGCUGGGGGCUUUCAGCAGUUUGGGCCUGGAGCAGAGGGACAACCAGGUUACCCUCAACAACCACAGGGUCAGUUUGGGGGGCAGAUGGCUGGACCCGGGAUGGCUGGACCCGGGAUGGCUGGACCCGGGAUGGCUGGACCCGGGAUGGCUGGACCCGGGAUGGCUGGACCUUUCCAAGGUGGAGCAGCCCAAAUGGCUGGACCACCUCAGAAAAAGCUGGAUCCUGACUCCAUCCCAAGCACAACACAAGUCAUUGAGGACGAUCAAGCCAAGCGAGGGGGACAGGUUUAUGCGACAAACGUCAGAGGCCAAGUUCCCCCACUGGUCACCACCAACUUUACAGUACAGGACCAAGGGAAUGCCAGUCCAAGGUACAUGCGUUGCACUACCUACUCUUUCCCCUGCACCGCUGACCUGGCUAAGCAGUGUCAAGUUCCCUUGGCCACCAUCAUCAAACCCUUUGCAACAGUGCCAAAGAAUGAGACUCCUCUGUACGUGGUGAACCACGGCGAGGCCGGCCCCAUCCGCUGUAACCGCUGCAAGGCCUACAUGUGUCCCUACAUGCAGUUCAUCGACGGCGGCCGCCGCUUCCAGUGUGGCUUCUGCAGCUGUGUCAACGAAGUGCCAGCCUUUUAUUUCCAACAUCUGGAUCACAUGGGCAGGAGGGUGGACUUCUACGAGAGGCCAGAGUUGUCACUGGGGUCCUAUGAGUUUGUGGCCACCCUGGAUUACUGCAAGAACAACAAGUCCGCCAGUCCUCCAGCCUACAUCUUCAUGAUUGAUGUGUCCUACGCCAAUGUCAAGAGUGGACUGGUCAGACUGAUAUGUGAGGAGCUGAAGACCCUGCUAGACAACCUGCCAAGAGAAGAGGGUGCUGAGAGUUCCACUGUAAAGGUGGGCUUUGUUACCUACAACAAAAUCCUCCACUUCUACAAUGUGAAGAGUGCCCUGGCCCAGCCGCAGAUGAUGGUUGUGUCAGACAUGGCCGAGAUGUUCGUCCCACUGCUCGAUGGCUUCCUUGUCAACUUCCAGGAGUCGUGCUCAGUCAUCAACAAUCUCCUGGACCAGAUCCCUGACAUGUUUGCAGACACCAACGAGAGCGAGACGGUCUUUGCCCCUGUCAUCCAGGCAGGGGUAGAGGCACUCAAGGCAGCAGAAUGCAGUGGAAAGCUGUUCAUCUUCCACUCUUCCAUCCCCACCGCUGAGGCCCCUGGGAAACUGAAAAACAGAGAUGAUAAGAAGCUGAUCAACACAGAGAAAGAGAAGACCCUGUUCCAGCCCCAGAAGGGUUUGUACGAGCAGCUGUCCAAGGACUGUGUGGCUCAAGGCUGCAGCGUGGAUCUUUUCCUCUUCCCCAGCCAGUAUGUGGACAUGGCCACCAUGGGAGACGUCUCCACACACACUGGAGGCACCGUCCACAAAUACAGCAACUUCCAGUUGGAGCUGGACGGAGAGCAUUUCUUAAGUGACUUGAGGAAAGACGUGAGAAAGGCGAUCGGUUUCGAUGCCAUCAUGAGAGUUCGCACCAGCACAGGCUUCAGGGCUACAGACUUCUUCGGUGCCGUCCACAUGAACAACACCACGGACGUGGAAAUGGCAGCGGUGGACUGCGACAAGGCUGUGACGGUGGAAUUCAAACACGAUGACACGCUGAGCGAAGAGACCGGUGCUCUCAUGCAGUGUGCCUUGCUGUACACCACCAUCAGCGGCCAGCGGCGUCUGCGGAUCCACAACCUGAGUCUGAACUGCAGUUCCCAGCUGUCUGAACUCUACAAGAGCUGCGAGACGGACGCCCUCAUCAACUUCUUCGCCAAGUCAGCUUACCGUGCCAUGCUGAACCAGCCCCUGAAGACUGUGAGGGAGAUCCUUGUCAACCAGACAGCCCACAUGCUGGCCUGCUAUAGGAAGAACUGUGCAAGCCCCUCCGCGGCCAGCCAGCUGAUCCUGCCCGAUGCCAUGAAGGUGUUCCCCAUCUACAUGAACAGCCUGAUGAAGACCGGCCCUCUGGUGGGCAGCGCUGAGCUCUCCACGGACGACAGGGCUCACCAGAGGCUCAGUGUCAUGGCCAUGGGGGUGGAGGAGACCCAGCUACUGCUGUACCCGCGCCUUGUCCCACUGCACAACAUGGACGUGGCCAGCGACGUGCUGCCGGCUCCGGUCCGCUGUUCUGAAGAGCGCCUAACCGAUGCGGGCAUGUUCCUGCUGGAGAAUGGCCACUCCCUCUUCCUGUGGCUGGGCCAGGCCUGCACCCCAGAACUGGUCCAGAGCAUUUUCAACGUGCCAUCCCUUGCCCACAUGCCCUCUGACCUGAGCUCCCUCCCAGUGCUAGAUAACCCCCAGUCUAAGAAGCUGCGCUCCAUGAUUGAAGCCUUGCUCGACCAGAGGCCCAAGUCAAUGAAGCUCCUGAUCGUGAGGCAGAAGGACCGCUCUGAGAUGCUGUUCCGCCAGCACCUGGUAGAGGACAAGGGGCUCCACGGUGGAGCCUCUUACAUGGACUUCUUGUGCUACGUCCACCGCGAGAUCAGAAAUCUCCUGACUUAACACCGCCACCGGAGGAUUUGACCCGAAUGGGCUGGUUCUAGGACCAAAACAAUCAGAGGACCAGUCACACCACCUCAGAGCUGCCUUUCCAACAAAACCCUUUUUACCCCUCCCCCCUUCUCAACUCAAAAGGUAUGGGCCUACUGCUCCCUCAUCCAUCAGUGUCCGAAGUCCACAUGGUCCUCGUAGAAGUCAUUCUGGCUUUGUAAGGGUGUGGAGAACGAAACCGAAUUAGGAUGGAUUCAUUUUGGUCCACGCAAAUGUGGAUUGUAAUUAAAAUAUCCGUCAGACCGUCAAAAGUUCAUCUCUUCUAACGUCUGUGAAAACGGAUGGAAAUUGUAGGGCUAUCCACUCCCAAUGAGUGGACACGGAUGAAAUUAACGGGCCAGUUUUGCCACACCUUCAGUCCAGGGUUGUUGAAUUCAUGAACAGUGUCCUGAUUUCUACGUAAACGGGACAAAUAAUGUAAUAAAUUAAUUUGGUGGGUGCUGGACAUUUCAGGCCCUCGGGGUUGUGGCCACAUGCGUAACAUUAGGCAGUUGUCCAUUUGACGUCACUAUUGGCUAAACCACAUUUAAUUACAUUGUUUGCGUUUUAAAAAGGCCAACAUCUGUUUUAAGCAGCAGGGAAGAGUUCUGACACAGUAUGUCAACUUUCCAAAUGGUAGUUUGGCCCCAACAUGGGUUGAAUUACACAUCUGAUUGCCAUUACUGAGAAUUGGUGCUGGGGCUAUUAAAUUAAUGGCUAACUCCACCAUUUGGGAUUUGAUUCCAUUAUAUCGCCAUUACCAUCAGGUAUGUAGAAGAGUUAGGUAAGUACAUGACCAAAAUCGAGUCACAUCUCACAGAUGACAUUUUUGUAAUAACCAAAAAAAUAUUAUUUAUCUGUAAAGAUAGGAUUAAACAUUGAACGUACUUUAAUUACAGUUGUUUUUCUAUCUCUUUUUCUAUCAAGUUAUUGCUUCUCGUAUAAUGGCAUUAUAACACAUUUCCAAUUAAGUAUCAUCGUUUUGUAUGUGUGCCCUGCAAACCAAUGGCCGUGUUUGUAUGUGAUGUGGAUGUUUUAGGGGAAACUAAGUCUCUGUGCCAGUUAACCACCUGCCUUAAGUACAUUGUUUUUUAUGGCAGUACUAGAGGCCAUUACUCUAUUUUAGUGUGAUACGGAGUUCGAUCCAUUUGGUUUGUAUGCAAACAUAUCUCAGGUAAUUUGUGUACAUAACUAUUGUGGCGCAGAGGUGGAAAACAGUGGCGUUACUGUUUGUAACUGGAUAGAUGUGGAUGGAAAAGAUGUUUGAGUGAACCUAUCUGACUCUUGUUUAGCAUUAAAUUCCUGAAUAUAUAAACUGUUUGAACCUC